GAAGAACUGAUGGACGAGGAAGACGACUAUUAUGAUCAAGUAGCCGUCGAUAAGAACAAUUACGAAAAUGAUGAAGAACCAGAAGAACCAAGUUCUGUUUUGGGUAUAGACGCUGAUUACGAAGACUGUCAGGAAUUACGUAGAUUACCACACGAAGAACGCCUGAAAGCUAUUGAAGACAUGUGUGAACUAUAUACCAAUAUUGAUGGCUUCAGCGAACAGUUUAAGUUGGUAGAUAAACUGGGUGAAGGUACCUUCUCAGCUGUUUAUAAAGCUAUCGAUUUGAAGCAUCACGAUUAUGAUAACAGUACUUGGUUUACUAAAGAGCAGGUUGAUUCACGACAGUUGAGGGAGCGCUCGAAAGUUUAUGUAGCCUUAAAGAGGAUCUAUGUUACUUCUUGUCCAUGGAGAAUACAGAAUGAACUUGAAAUGCUCUAUCAAUUGAGAACUUCAAAAUAUGUUUCUAGUCUGAUAACGGCGAUUAGACAUGAAGAUCAAGUCGUGGCUGUAAUGCCAUAUCAUCCAAACAAUGAUUUUAGGGAAUUCUACCGACAUUGCGAUUAUAUGACAGUUAAGAAUUACUUUAGGUCGCUCUUUAGAGCCUUGAAAGACAUUCAUGAACAGGAGGUUAUCCAUAGAGAUGUCAAACCUGCUAAUUUUCUUUUCUCGUUGCAAGAUCAGAAAGGAGUACUUUGCGAUUUCGGUUUGGCGCAGUACAUGUUGACGCAAAACAGCUGGACAGAUCAUUGUCAUCACACUAUACCAACAGAGGAAUACCCACUUGGACAGAAUAAAUUGACUAAUAAAAGCAUACGCACUGAAAAGGAUACAAGGGCGAUUAAUAAAACCUCAGAGGCGAUCAAAGAGGCUGAACGACGCAUGAAUGAUCCUAAAAGUAAUGUUGGAUAUAGUACAGAUGAGAGAAGACCAGUUGUGAGAGCUAACAGAGCAGGUACAAGAGGUUUCAGAGCUCCCGAGGUGUUACUUAAAUGUCAGGACCAGACUACAGCUAUCGAUAUAUGGUCAGCUGGUGUCAUCUUGUUAUCUUUUCUUAGUAGGAGAUUCCCAUUUUUUAACUCAAAUGACGAUAAUGAGGCAUUGGUUGAGCUGACGACCAUUUUUGGCCUUAAGAGAAUGAAUAGAUGUGCGGAAUUACACAAUAGAAGCAUCCUUUCAAAUUUACCAUCAAUACAACAUCAAGGCAGGCAUUUACAUUUACUCAUAUAUCAAUUAAACCCUUUCAUAUUCCCAAGACCGCCUUCUGCAUGGCAUUAUGAUAUCAAGGAAGAGGAGAACAAGGAUAUUUUCGACCUCUGUAAUGUUGACUUUGACGACGAGAUUAAAGAGAGUCUUGAGAAGAGUCUUAAAACACAGUUUACACAAGCUUGGCCAGAGACUGAACUAUAUAAUGCGAUCGAUCUCCUUAAGAAACUUUUCACAUUGGAUUGUACCCGAAGGUUAACAGCAUCACAGGCAUUACUCCACCCUUUCCUUGUUUAA